ACCCAAGCCGACAAUGACAGCAGACAAAGCCAUCUUACCAGUACGGGGCAGUGUGACACUGACCUGCUCUGUGGAGGGUUCUGCUGACUGGAAAUACGACUGGUUCAGACAAACCUCAGACUCGCAUGCAGCUCAGCUCUUCAUAUAUGAAACAAAUGGAGUAAUAAGUGUUAAUCAAGGAGGCAUCUACUACUGCAGAGGAGGAAGAGGAUAUCCAGUCUUCUCCACAGAGGACAGCAACAAAGUCACUAUUCAGCAAACUGCGAAUAAACCCAAACCGACACUGACAGCAGACAAAAUCAUCAUACCAGUACACGGCAGUGUGACACUGACCUGCUCUGUGGACGACUCUGCUGAUUGGAGAUAUGAGUGGUUCAGACAAACCUCAAGAUCUUAUGCAGAUCAGCCCAUCAGAUAUGCUGAAUCAAACAGAGUUUUAAGAGCUAAUCAAGGAGGCAUCUAUUACUGCAGAGCAGGAAGAGGAGGAGACCCAGAGAUCUUCACCGAGUACAGCAAUACAGUCACCAUUCAGAAACCUGUUUCCAACAAGGCUGUUGUGACUCUGCAACCCAACUGGCCUCUGAUAUACAGUGGUGAGACAAUCACUGUCAGAUGUGAGGUGCAGGGAGGUGCAGACACUCAAUGGGAAUAUGAAUGGAGAGAAAACAAUGUGGCCGUAUCUCGUAAAGAUAAAGAAUUCAAAAUCAGCAGUGCUUCUAUACAUAUAUAUGGUGUCUACAUAGUCUACAGUUGUAAAGGUAGAAGAGAUUUUUAUUCCUCAACAGAGUGGAGUGAAGCCAUCACACUGACACUAUCACUGAAUAAACCCAAACCGACACUGACAGCAGACAAAAUCAUCAUACCAGUACACGGCAGUGUGACACUGACCUGCUCUGUGGACGACUCUGCUGAUUGGAGAUAUGAGUGGUUCAGACGUGCCUCAGCAUCUUAUACAGCUCAGCCCAUCAGAUAUGCUGAAUCAAACAGAGUUUUAAGAGUUUAUCAAGGAGGCAUCUAUUACUGCAGAGCAGGAAGAAGAGGAAGAGGAGGAGAGCCAGAGAUCUUCACCGAGUACAGCGAUACAGUCACUAUUUGGAAAACUGUUCCAAAUAAGGCCACUGUGAUCCUGCAACCUAACUGGCCUCUGAUAUUCUGGGGUGAGACAGUCACUGUCAGAUGUGAGAUCCAGGGAGGUGGAGACACUAAGUGGACGUAUGAAUGGACACCAGACAACUUAAACACAUAUCCAACACUCAGUGAACACAGGAUCAGCAGCAACAAUUACUACAGUGGAGAAUUCAAGUGUAGAGGAAGGAAGGACUCAUAUUCCCUGACAGAGUGGAGUGAUGUCAUCACAUUGACAGUAUUAUCAAAUAGACCAAAGGCCAAACUGAGUGCUGACAACACAGACAUUCCAGUAGGGGGCAGUGUGACCCUGACCUGCUCUGUGGACCCAUCAUCAUCUGCUUGGAAAUACUACUGGUACAAAGGCAAGAAAACCUCUGAACCCCUGAACACACAAGAUGCUGUUUCCCAAUCAACUGGACAAAUCAGUGUCUCACAGGGAGGAUUCUACUGGUGCAGAGGAGGAAGAGGAGACCCAGUUUACUACACAGAGUACAGUGAUUCAAUCAGGAUCAAAACAAUUGUCUCAAAUAAGGCUGUUGUGACUCUGCGACCCAACUGGACUGAGAUAUACAGAGGAGAGGCAAUGAUGCUGAGAUGUGAGAUCCACGACGGAGGCACAGAGUGGGAGUAUGAAUGGGAAACACCCCCUUACACAUCUCUAAAUCAAAAUGAAUACAAGAUUAGCAAGGCUUCCUCACACCACAGUGGAAACUACAGGUGUAAAGGCAGAAUGAAAAAUGCACAACAUACUUCAACAGAGUGGAGUGAUUACAUCAAAUUGACAGUAUCUGACAAUGCACCAGAGUCUGUCCUCACUGUGUCUCCAUCAUGGCUGAGUCCUGGAGACUCAGUAACUCUGAGCUGUGAGGUUGAACAUCCAUCUGCAGGAUGGAGGUUCUACUGGUAUAAGACUGUUCCCAAACUAUCAGACAACUCCUACAGCUAUGAGCUGCUACCUGGUAGCACCAAUGGGACUGAACAGGAUUCCUACAUCAUUCAUGGGUCGACACACACAGCAGGAUAUAUGUGUAGAGCUGGAAGAGGAGACCCAGUGUUUUACACUCAAUACAGCAAACCUGCGUUUGUUUGGUCUGGAGAUGUUCAUUCAGCAGUGACUCUCAAAGUGAGUCCUGACAGAGUGCAGCACUUCACCUAUGAAUCUGUCUCACUGAGCUGUGAAGGAAACUUUACUGAGUGGAGAGUGAUGAGGUUUCCUAAGGGCAGCUACUGGUCAUACUGUCCUAACUGGAGGUCAAUGACUGGAUCCACAUGCAACAUCAAGAGUUCACAGCAGAGUGAUGCAGUGUACUGGUGUGAGUCUGGAUCAGGAGAGUUCAGCAAUGCAGUCAACAUCACUAUACAGAAUGCAGAUAUUAUCCUGGUGAGCCCUGUGCAUCCUGUGACUGAGGGAGAUUCUGUUACUCUUGGCUGCAAACUGAAGACAGGAGAAUUACUUUCCAACGUGUUUUUCUAUCAAAAUGACAAACUUAUCCAAAAUGAUACCAGAGGGGAGCUGAAUAUCACUGCAGUGUCAAAGUCAGACGAAGGCUUCUACAAGUGUAAAUACUCAGGAAAAGAAUCACAGCAGGGUUGGAUGUCAGUUAAGGCAGUGUCCAGGCCUGAAAGCUCUUCAUCUCUUAUACCAUUAAUUGUUGGGCUGGUUUGUGGAAUUAUACUUAUUAUUCUCCUGCUCCUGUUGUAUCGCUACAGACGAUCCAAAGAUUCACACUUUAUCAGGCCGAUCCAGUCUGAGAGCACCAAUCAGAAUGAAACUCAACAUAAUGAAAACUCCUCUUCUCUCCAUGGUGAUGCCUGUCUCUAUGAAUCAAUCAAAGGCUCUGACAACACUGAAAAUGAUGCAGGAGAAUCCCAGGAUAUUACAUAUUCUUCGAUCGAGCUUAAAAACGUUUAUAAGACGGGGAAGCGACAUGAAACAGUGGAGAGCUCUGUUUACGCUGAUGUGAAGAUAGGAUCUGCUGCAGAUGAUAAUCUAACGUAUACCCAGGUUAACUAUCACAAUAAAGGCAAAGCCAAGAAACACAACGGAAAAUCAACUCCUGCAGCAACUGCUGUUUAUUCUGAAGUUAAACCAGGAACAUCUCUUGGUCUGUAAAGACAGCUGUAUGGACAAGGCCAAAUAAAUAUGGUUAACAGCAUUUUAUAUAACCAUUGUGUGCAACUCUGCUAUCCAAAUAUCAGCGAUGCUCAAUGUUUUGUACAGUUAAUGUAAUAGCAGAUGAUAUAAAAUACUUACAUCAUGUGGAUUUAAUACUCUCUUUUUUAGCAGAAAGUACAAGACUACUGAGGUUUAUUCCCAUUUAGUAUUUAUGUACUGUAGUAUUAUUAUUUUCAUUUUUACAGUUAUUUUGUCACUUAAUUUUAAAUACUUUGAUUGCAGGCUGUUUUAAAAAGCAGCAGGAGGUAUCAGUUUGAAGUGUUUAAACAACAUUACCCAGGUGGUAGUGCAGCUUUAAAGUCAGCAUAUUUUUCAGUGUUAGAUGAAAAAGCUCCAGGAUGGACGUCAACAAUUACUUUUGUAUACGUAAUGAACUGCUGUCAACUAUUACAUGUAACUUUUGCUGUUAUUAUACUGGAAAGUUUUCCUGUCUAUUUACAAAUGAAUUUACUGGUGCUGUAUGUGCUUUAUUUUUGUUAGGCAUCAAUAAACUUUUUUUCUGCAGUAAACAGUCA